AUGAAGAUAGUCAUAAUUGGCGCUGGUAUCUCCGGCCUGUCGGCAUACCUCUCCCUCACGAAGCAUCUUCCUCGCCCGUCUCAUCCAGCUUCAGACCACACCUAUACCAUAUACGAAGCACACGAUACCCAUAAAGAUACAACAUCCGAGCAGCGAUCUUCAACCAAUCUUCAUUCAUCGACCUUAAUUGUUGGUGGUGCCUUAGGUAUUGGCCCCAACGGUAUCAAUGUCUUGAAGCGUCUAGAUCCUGAGAUAGUGAAAGAAAUUGUCUCAAAUGGUUACGCUGUAUCAACGUAUAGUAUGAAAAGCAAGAAUGGAAGUGUUUUAGCCCAAAUCACUUCGCAGGCUUUGGUCACUUCUGCCAACGGAGAAAGUCAAAAGACCGCCAAUACCGUGGCGAUCAGUCGCCACAUGCUCUGGCGAUGCCUUCGUAUUCGAGUCCCAGACGACAUUAUUAUAAAUAAACGAAUUUCUGAGGUCAUUGCAAAAUCCGAUGGGCGAAACAUUAUUAGGUUCGCAGAUGGCAGUGCUCCAGUUGAAGCAGACCUUGUCAUUGGGGCGGACGGACUGAAGAGCACGACUAAAAAAGCGGUGUUUCCGGAAGUGAAAGGUGACAUAUAUCCUCAUCAAUAUGAAGGUUUGGUAGGAAUUGGGGGUUUUAUACCAAUAACACCAACUCUCCGGCGGCAUAUUGAUAAAGGCUGCAUGAAUCUGGUCUUUGGUGGCAAUGGAUUCUUCGGAUACUUUCCGGAUACUAGCUCCUUAUCCUCUCCUGCUCGUGGCUCCGUCUACGAUGUAUCCGAACCAGGUGAUCAAUUAGCAUGGUGGUCAACCUAUGCCAUGGAGGAAUGCCCGCAGGACCCGCGCAACAUUGAUCGCGAAUCGGUCAUAAGAGAGCUACAAACGCGACAUGCUUCCUGGAAAGACCCCGUUGUAAGGGAAAUUAUUAGAGACAAGAACCUCAAAAUAGAGAACGUCUAUCCAACAUGGACUGCCCCGGAGAUUCCUACAUGGGAACGGGAUGGGGUUGUCUUGGUAGGCGAUGCGGCACAUGCAUUACCCUCGACCUCGGGACAGGGCUCGUCGCAGGCGUUUGAGGAUGUUGAGGCCUUAACUCUGUUUCUUGCACACGAAUUACAUGCGGCCUACGGAAAUCCACUCGAAACGCAGAUUAUGACGGAGAAAACAGCCAUUGCCGCAGCUUCUAAGAAGUACGUAGCUCUGAGAAAACCACAUGUCAAGCAGAUUCUGGAUCACGCACGCAAGAUGCAGAACUCGAAGAGAAAUAUGUCUGUUGUGGAGGAAUAUACAAUGUAUAUUUUCAUGUGGAUUAUGGGCUGGUUUCCUUCAGUUAUGUCGAAGCAGUUUAGAGGGGUGGCUGAGUAUGAUGUCCGGGCGGAGGUGGAGAAAAGUGUCAAGGAAGCUUAG